AUGGCUCCUACAACCAUUUGUAUCACGGGCGCAUCGCGUGGUCUGGGCCGUGCCAUUGCGCUUGAGGCUGCCAGUGCCCAGAAUGCACAGCAGAAAGCAGCCCACUACGUCUUGGUGGCUCGAAAUGCAGACGAGCUGCACCAAGUCGAGAAGGAGAUUCAAGCACGCCACGCUGACGCUGUGGUGACCGUCCUGCGGGCCGACCUGGGCGACCUCUCCAAGCUCCCGCAGCUAAUGCAGGAUGUAGUUUCUGCCGCGAAACAUGCCAACUGCCGAACGGUGAGCUAUGCGCCUGGUCCACUGGAUACGGGCAUGCAAGCCACCCUGCGUACGGAAUUGGCCGACGAAGGCUCGCGCCAAUACCUGGCAGACUUGCAUGCCAAG